CGCACAUUAGGUAACCACCUUCUCUUUUAAUCUUUUUAUUCAAAACGCGCGCGCUCCGUCUCUUUCGACUGUUAUUAUUCCUUAUUGACGUAUACAUUCUCAAAGCUGUUGUAAAAUCAGCCCAAAAGAUCGAUUUUUCGCUCUUCCUUUCUGAAGAAUCUGCGACGAUCCGAUUUCAGGGGGAGGCCGAGCAUCGGAUCCGAUUCUUCAGGUUCAUCUUAUGAUGUGAUGGGACCUGGUUAAGAAGCGGUUGUUAGCUGGCAUUAUUGUCCUAAGGCAGUUAGAGCACUGAAAUGGAAGGUUCAUUUGUGAAUUUGAAUGAAGAUUUCCACGAGAAGGAACUUAUGAUGCUUAGCUCAGAAGAAGGCACCAGAGUUGCAGAUGACAAUGGCAUAGUGUUUUCUGCAUCAAAGCUCAAAAUGGUCCUAGAUAAGAUAAUACAAGAGCGAUCAAUAACCCCAGAUAUCAAGAAUCAAAGACACCUUCAAGAAUGCCUUCAAACCCCAUGUGGCAAGGAACAUAGGAUACCAAAGUAUGUAAGUCUCGAUGAGAAUCUUCUGCAACGUUGCUUGGAUCUGGUAGAAGCAGGAGCUUCUGACUCUCUAAGUAUAAUUUGUAGAGCAACAACCGCAUUUGGUGUGCCUGCAAACCUCAGGUCCUCAAAGAUGGAGGUUCUUUGUGACAGCUUGAAACCAUGUAGAAGGAAAACAACUAGUACAGGUGAUCAGGGUAAUUAUUUUGUUGGAUGUACACGUGCAGCUUGUCCCAGGAAUGAGAUUACUAGCCCUAUUGGACCAUUGAUUUUUGAUACAGCUGAAGGGAAAUACAAGGUGAGGAAUCUUUUGAAGAGCCCAUUAUUUUUCCAUUUACCUGAUCUGGAUAGUAAUAUGAACUUAGGAAGAAUGAAAUCAGUUCGCAUUAAAGAUACAAAAUACCCAGAGUCGAUUAGCUUUGCUUCUGAUCUAAGUAUUCCUUCCCCACAGAAGCCAUUAAUUAAAAAUUUAUCUGUUGUGAAACAAAGAUAUGGGUCGAAGAUUACCGACAAAAUUCCAGUUCCAUGCUCAAGUACAAACUCAACAUCUUCACGUCAGUCCACUUCUUCUGCAUGUGUUGCUACUUCCAAGGGAGUGAUUCAUUGUGUAUGGAAAAGUGGAACUCCUUAUUUUGUGUUCUCUUUGGAUGAUCAAGGGGAAGUCUACAUAGCAAACCCAUAUAACAUAGAGUGUUCGGAUGAUAAGACUCUGGAUUAUAUCUAUGAGUUCCAUUCACAAAUAGAUGAUAAAAAAGAACAAGGGGGUCGGGGAAAUAAUGUGUCAGGUCUCGUUGGUAAAAUGAAGGUAUCAAGUUCCCUAAUACUCACUUCAACCGACCUAAAACUCAGGGAAACAGAGUUUGUUUUGUUUGGUGCUGGUGGAGAACUUCUUGGGGACAUGCAAAGUUCAACUCCUCGUAGGAAGAAUAAGCGGUUAUCGAAGAAGGUGGCAGAUAUAUUUAGGACAAACUCAUGCAAGCAUAAAUUCACCACCCAAUUUGGUAAUCCAAGUUCCAUAUUUGAUGAAUUUUCUCAGGAACCACAAGUAGAUAUGUUGUGUAUGCUCAAUGAAUUGGAUAAAGAUAACCUUCUGUUAAUUGAUCCCACACCCAAUCUUGAAUUGGCUGCCAUUGUUGUGAAAGAUCAUCACCAUGAUGACAGUCAGGAAACAGGAGUUGGAGGUUGGGGCUUGAAUUUUCUCAAAAAAGUUGGAGUUCAGUGCGGUAAUGGGUCUCUACAGUCCUCUUCCGAAAGUUGUGAAGGUAGUUGUUUGAGAAACGAAAAUGAGGGUCUCAUGAGUAUGGACGUUCUAGUGCCAGCAGCGUUUCAUGGUGGCCCAAGAAGCAAAAUUGGUGGCCCAUCAAGUCUUACUCAGAGAUGGAGGUCUGGUGGACACUGUGACUGUGGUGGAUGGGAUAUCGGCUGCCCUCUCACAGUACUCAAUACAAAAUCAAGAAAAGCAGAAAGUCCAUCCGAAAUAGAUGCACAAGAGGACUGCAGAUCGUUUGAUCUAUUCAUAGAGGGUGCAAAGCAAGGUGUACCUGCCCUGACAAUGGUGAAUGUACAUGAAGGCCUGUAUUAUAUUCACUUCCAAUCAACUCUGUCAGCUUUGCAGUCUUUUUCAAUAGGAGUGGCGAUUAUCCAUGCACAAACUCCAUCUCUUCGUUCAAAAUCAUGGAGGGGUUGACGCUGUAUUUAUCAAGGAUUGGCUUUAUGCAACAUUGACGGAUUCCUUCUACAAGUGCGGUAAGAAUGGUGGCUUACAUGUAUAUCAGUUCAGGCAGACUGAAACUUAUUACGAAGUAGCUAACACACGGACUUGAUACCCUGACUCACUUCCCUUUGUGAGGCUUUGUACCAACUCGGCUUUGAGGAGUUUUCCAGUAUGGUGAUUCAGGUUAGCUAGAGACUAGAGUUAUUGAAUGCUGCCAGCAAGGUUUUGCACCUUUUUUCUUCUUUUUAUUAGUUUCCUUUUUGUAUAUUUAAGAAUGUGUAGUGGAUCGUCUUUUGCAAUUGUAAUUCUUUCUCGUAAUUCAGGGUUUUUUUUUUUCCCGCCCCA